GUAGCGGCCGUGGGGGCGUCCAUGGAUCGCCACUCCAGCUACAUCUUCGUCUGGCUGCAGCUCGAGCUCUGCGCCAUGGCCGUGCUGCUCACCAAAGGUGAAAUCCGAUGCUACUGUGAUGCUGCCCACUGUGUGGCCACUGGUUAUAUGUGUAAAUCUGAGCUCAGCGCCUGCUUCUCUAGACUUCUUGAUCCUCAGAACACAAACUCCCCACUCACCCAUGGCUGCCUGGACUCUCUGGCGAGCACAGCAGAUGUCUGCCAAGCCAAACAGGCCCAAAACCACUCUGGCACCACCAUGCCCACAUUGGAAUGCUGUCAUGAAGACAUGUGCAAUUACAGAGGGCUGCGCGACGUUCUCUCUCCUCCCAAGGGUGAGGCCUCAGGACAAGGAAACCGCUAUCAGCACGAGGGGGGCAGAAACCUCAUCACCAAGGUGCAGGAGCUGACUUCUUCCAAAGAGCUGUGGUUCCGGGCAGCAGUGAUUGCUGUCCCUAUUGCUGGAGGGCUGAUCUUAGUGUUGCUCAUCACUCUGGCCCUGAGGAUGCUUCGCAGCGAAAACAAGAGACUGCAGGACCAGAGGCAGCAGAUGCUCUCCCGUUUGCACUAUAGCUUCCACGGACACCAUUCCAAAAAGGGGCAGAUUGCGAAGUUGGACCUGGAGUGCAUGGUGCCGGUCAGCGGGCACGAGAACUGCUGUCUGACCUGUGAUAAAAUGAGACAAGCGGACCUCAGCAACGACAAGAUCCUCUCGCUUGUUCACUGGGGCAUGUACAGUGGGCACGGGAAGCUGGAGUUCGUAUGACGGAGUCUUACCUGAGCUAAAACUUCUCGAACGCUUGAAGGCCUUUGAGUUCUGCUGGACAGGAGCACUUUAUCUGAAGUAAAAUUAAACUCAUUUAAUCAUUUUUGAGAGACAAAAUGACCUCUGCAAACAGAAUCUUGGAUAUUUCUUCUGAAGGAUUAUUUGCACAGACUUAAAUACAGUCAGAUGUAUUAUUUGCUUUAAAAUGGUGAAAAGCAAAGAGAAGACUAUGUACACACUGUUACCAGGGCUAUUCGCAUCCGAGGGAGCUGGAAAUGAGUACCUAAAUAAACGAAAAUGUGCUCUA